GCAUUAUAGUCUUUUCACUGUUCAUCAGUCAGCACCAGCCACCCCGUGCCUUGUCUUGUCUCCACAACGAAAAAACAAUUUAGUAACAAAAACCUGUUAGUUUCACUCUUUGCUGUUUCUUUCUUUCUUGAAUUUUCUCUCUCCAUCAAAGGAUUCAUCUUUGUUCCUGAGUUCUUCAAGAUUUUGCUGUGAUUUCUGCAAGGACUAUACAUUCGUCCAAGUCACAGAUGAGGAGAUUGAUUAGUUGAAGAAGUUUGUUUAAACUUAAUUUACAGUAAUCAUGAACAUUGAUGAAGCUACAACGUUCAAAGAUCAGAAGGAAAAAUUGAAUACUUUUCUUGAGAUUGCUGAUACAGAGAAACAAUUGUUGGCUGCAAUCUAUUCUAAAGGUUUGUUGAAUAAAGAUGUCCAAGAUCUUUAUCACAAAGCCCGUUCUAGUUAUGAGAAUAUCAUUUUGAAUGAUUAUGAAGUUUUGGGGCUUCAAGAGGUUGAGUACUCUUUAUGGAAGCUUCACUAUAAGCACAUUGAUGAGUUCCGCAAAAGGAUUCGACAAGCUAAUGCUGAGAAAAAGAAAAGUGAAGCUUCAGAGUCGGAUACAAAUUCCCAUCUAGACGUUGACAAACAUAUGGAAGGAUUCAAGUCAUUUCUAUCUGAAGUGACUGAUUUUUACCAAGAUUUGGUCAAAAAGCUGAGGAAGAGCUGUGGUCUUACAUCGGAGGUCUUUCUACGUAAGAAGGGCAGCCCCUUGUGUUCAACUGAACAUUUGAAAUUCCCUCAGUGUCAAUAUGCUUGCCAUCGUUUUCUAGUUUGUCUUGGAGAUCUAGCCAGGUACACCGAACUUUGUAAGAAGCCCGAUGCCUGCAAGUGGUCAGUUUCUGCUGCGUAUUACCUGGAAGCAUCCCGGAUUUGGCCAGAUAGUGGGAACCCCCAUAAUCAGCUGGCACUCUUGGCAACAUACAUUAGUGAUGCGUUUCUUGCUUUGUAUCACUGUGUAAGAAGUUUGGCUGUCAAGGAGCCGUUUCCUGAUGCCUGGAAUAACCUCAUGUUGCUCUUUGAGGAGAACAGGUCAUCUCAUUUUCAUUCCCUUUCCAAUGGGGCGUACAUUGAUUUGCUAAAACCAUCGGAGAAAACUUCCUUGCAAACUGUAUCUCAAGCAAGCUAUGGUUCUUCAAACAUCAAUAAAUUGGAAUCCAAUGGAAGUGUUUCCUCAGAAAAAUCUGAUAUAUGGCCUCUGUUUGUCAGAUUGAUAAGUUUCUUUCUAGUGAUAUCCAGUUUAGAGGAUUUUUCCCACACACUAGCCUCCACUGUGAGACAAUUGGAAGCUCUGAUGGCAUUAGGCGAUGAGGAACUAAAGGCUGCACUGGAAUCCUAUCAGCAUAUGGAUCCAUCUAGAAGCGGCCCAUAUCGUGCCCUUCAACUUGUCACCAUAUUCAUCUAUAUCAUCCACAGCCUGACUGAAAGUGGGGAAGGGGAGGUGAUGAAAGCAGAAAACAAGGAGUCUGAUCUGACAAAAUUGGCACUUGCAGCCAUUUUCAUUUGCACUGGUCGUCUUAUCGAGAGAUGUCUGAAAGGAAGCCAUCCGGAAGUAUGUCCACUCUUACCCGCUGUGUUGGUGUUUGCUGAAUGGCUAGGUAACACACUUCAAAGAGCAGAAGCAUAUGCUGCAGACGAAAGGGUAAGGAGUUCUAUGUCUUACUUUUUCGGUGCUUUUUCUGAUCUUCUGAACCGACUUGAACUCAGUGAGAAUGAAAUUGCUCUGGACUAUGCUGCUCUUUGGGAAGACUAUGAGCUUAGGGGUUUUGAUCCACUGGCACAUGCACACAUGACACUAGAUUUCACAGGUCAUCAGGAAUGUGUGGACAACUUCAGUAGUAUGAGUACAUGUAGGUCAUGGCGAAUAUUUCUUGCUGCAAAAAAACUUUCAGGUAAGUCCAGGGACUCGAAUAAGUGGAUCAUGUAUGAUGAAUUGGUUAAAAAGUUCUACACAGUGAAAUCCCGAUGUCCAGACCAAGUGAAUUCAAGUAUUCAACCACAAGAAUUGCAUGAGCACGAAUCGGGGAACACAAAUGAGCACAUGGAAAGUCUUAACAGCCAGUCUGUUACUGCUGAAGAGGAAGAAGUCAUUCUCUUUAAGCCUAUCAUGAGACAUAAUUCAGCACCGAUAUAUACAUCCACCCCCGGUAGUGAUCAAUUCUCUGUUGAAGGCGUAAAGGAAGUCACAACAACUCUUUCAGAUGAAUCCUUACGUCGUUCCACAUCUUUGAUCACCGGGCAAAACCUGACAGGUCUUGAUCCUUUAAGUUUUUACCCUGAUACCGCUAAUUCUAGAUAUACGAAGCCAUUCAAGCCACAAGAGCCUACCUUGAGGGACUCUGCAGCUUAUCCUGCUGGACCUCCAUCUCUCAAUGCUUGGGUCCUUGACAGUGGAAGUUCGAGAAAAGAAAGAGGUGUAAGGGGUUUGAAUAUGCACAAGUUAAGCCCUAUCGAGGAAUUAGCCUCGCAAUCCUUCAAUAACCUCUCCAUCAAUGAAACAAAGGAUCCCAUAACCAGUUCUAGCCAUGUUUCUGUAGCUCCUCCUUAUGUAACUCCGGUGCCUUCUGCCCCACUGUUGCCAGAAGAUGCUUCUUGGUUUAAAGGAAACUCAUUGGGCUUUCCCGAGUUCAAAAGCCCUUCAGCAACUAAGGAAGGCAAUGGUAUUCUUGGUGCACCACCAGUUAGUGGAUACUCAAGCCGGUUAACAACUCGUGGACCAUUUGAUUUUGUGGCAGGACCUCCUGGUUUUGUUGAUGGAUACCCACCACAGAUUGGGAUGAGUUCUUCUGAGUGGCUCUAUCACUAUAGGAACACUCAAAAUGUUGAGCGGGUUAACAACAAUAAUCACCUAUGGCCUUCUCACCUAAACGCACCAACUACCCUUGGGAACGUGAGUACAACUAAUGUUGCCAGGUUUGAUUUUCUAGACCAAUGGGGAAACCGUUUGGUUUCAAGUCCAAUGGUGUAUUUGGAAAGCCCACAAUUGCUUCCAAGUCCUCUCAUGUACAGCGUAGUAGAUGAACAAAGGCGGGAUAAGCCUCUACUUAGCUACCAGAGACCGUCUCCUUAUUCUUUUGGUACCGCUAUGGAGUUGAAACCAGAGCAACCAAUUUUGCCACACUAUCUAAAAGACGGAGAAUGGCAAGUACAGCCUGAAUCUCAAUAUAGAGCUCCAUCUUUCAUGGGGAACUGAGUCUAAUAGAUCAUAUAUACUUCUCAUACCAUUGCUUGUUAUUGUGAAUUUGUUUUUGACUAUGUGCCUCACAUUGCAAUUUACCAUUCAUCACAUCUUCAAUUGGUUACAUUACAGGGAAUUUAGCUGCAUUCACAAUUUCACAUGUAAUGAUGUAUUGAUGUAGAUAUGUUCUUGUUGCACUCUUUAGUUGUGAGGUUGGGACUAGAGAUCCCACUCCCAGGAUGCUGUACCUUUGCAUACUGUCUAUGAUGAAUGUAUGUUCUCAAGUUGUAAA